AUGGCUAACUACAUGGGCCGCUUAGAGGCCAGCCCACCCCCAAAACUUCUUUCGAACUCUGCUAUAUCAAGUGACAAGCACGCACUCGGGCAGCCAUUUAUCAUAGAUGUCAAGACUGCAAACCAAUAUGCGUUCAAUCGACAGUCAAAGAAUGAACACCCCCAGAAACUCCAACAGAAACUCCAAAUUUCUCAACCCUCACAAAGCCACUCCAGUCUCACACAGUCAAAGGACUACUCCCCCCCCCCAAGAAGCCCCAGUAUCUUUGAUGACCCGCCCAGAAGCUCUUCUCCACUCAGCAGUAACUAUCUAUCCUCCCCCAGCAAGUACCACAACUUAGAUUUGGAUGGGUCUGCUUCCUCCGAGGAAUCACUUCAAGCUCCUGCUGUCCUAUCAGGACAGGUCGGGCCACUCCGUGCCCAAAAGAGACUUACACGGCCUACAUAUGGACCUUACAGGCGGAGUGCGCUCUCUGUCAAAGAUGAACACAAGUUCAUGAAGUUGCUUAGUAGACCUUACUGUGGCAACUCUAGUGAUACCGAAGAUGGUACCAUGGAUCAACAAGUAUUUUCGCGUGGCUUGGAAUGCUUUGAUCAAGAUGGAGUUCGCUACGUGAUCACAUACAAAGAAGCUGCCCGUGAAACUCAAUGGGCUCGUUUUGCUGUGUCCCAGUGGGAGAUGGAGGAGGCCUCACAGCUGAGACGCCUUCGCGAAUACAUUCAUGCAAGGGAGAGAGAACUUCUUCAUGCAAAAACCGAAGAAGUCAAAUCAUUUAUGAACAUGCUGGUUGAUCGGGACAAUAAUCAAGUCACUGCUGACCUUGAUUAUCUUGUCACGUCCCACGAAUCCGAGCGUAUCGCAUUGGACGACCUUGACAAAGAUCUAGACACUCUCACAGACCAUGCCUUUCACACCGGCAUUCCGAAGCUGUUAUCAGCUGAUUCUAGCGAGGAUCAAUCCAAAUUCGACGACACGGGUGAUCACAAACACGAGGCCAAUGGAGGUUAA